AUGGACGAGGGGUGGAGACGGUACAAUGGAGAAGAAGAUCUUCCUCUCUACAGCUACAUGGACAACCCACAACUAUGGAUAGCGCCUGACUCGCGAUGCGACCAUCUUCAAGGCCAGCCUGAUGCGUCGUUUGCACCGGAUCAGACAGGGCAUAAGCCCCCAUCCGGUGGAGAUGCGAAGGGUGAGAAGCUUAACCCAACAGCGAGCCUCACUGACGUUGCCCUGCGGGACAGUGAGGCGCUGUGGGGUGGUAGUGGAGGUAAGGCAGGAGGGGGCGGUGGAUUAGAGCAUCACGAUGAGAGCGAUACCGGACAUGGGUGUCCUGACGAGGCUACUCAGUAUAUCGCAGAACGACCGAGGGGUAUGCCUCCAUCAGGGACGGAAGUGGCGCGUAGCCAGACUACAGUGAUCAACGCAGCGUAUCUGGGCCCGAGAGUUGCUGGCAAAACGUCGGUUGUGUACAACAAGCCGAUAGUCGUCGAUGUUGAGCUUCCCGUAUGGGGCUCUUUGGACGAGCCAAGUGAGGUAUACCCUCAGGGCUAA